AUGUCGGCAAUGCCAUCGCAUGUCUUGCCAUCUGCUGCAAAACUCUCACAUGCUUUGGGAAGUCUGCACAGGCAAGUGCCCUUGACUGGCACUGGUCUCGAGUCGGUUCAACGACACCUAUCAGAAGAUGUGGCCCCAGCCUUCAAUGCAGGCAGUCAGUCUUCCCGCUACUAUGGCUUUGUCACAGGAGGCGCUACUCCUGCUGCCGUCUUCGCCGACAACAUGGUCACCGAGUACGACCAGAAUGUCCAAGUUCAUCUUCCAAACGAGACGAUAGCCACAGAUGUCGAGGCUGCUUCUUUGGACAUGAUCUGCGACCUCUUAGGCUUUUGGAACAAAGACUUUCCUCAUCGUACUUAUACUACUGGCGCGACAGCAAGUAAUAUUAUCGGUCUCGCAUGCGGCCGCGAGUAUGUCAUCUCGGCUGCUGCAGCUCGUAACGGCACGAUCGCAAAUGUGUCAUCAAUGGGUCUCAUAGCUGCUAUGCGAGUUGCUGAGCUUGACGACAUACAAGUCUUGACUUCUGUCCCUCACAGCUCGCUCCGCAAAGCUGCUUCGAUUACUGGUCUGGGCCACGAUAGUGUCAGAGAUGUAGGCAGGGCUUCUGAGCCACAUCUGUUCGAUUCUGCUGCACUGAAAAAAGCCCUCGAGACACCCAGGACUGCCUCGAUCAUUGUGGUGUCUUGCUCUGAAGUCAACAGCGGUCUUUUUGCAACAUCGGAGGACGACAUGACGAAUCUAGUCGAUCUGGCGAAGAAGUACGGAGCUUGGAUACACGUCGAUGCAGCCUUUGGUCUGCUAGCGCGUAUUCUUCCCGACGACAAUUCGGACUACAAGACCCUGAAAUCUGGCGUCAAGGGCCUCGAAUACGCCGACUCAAUUGCCGCAGAUGCGCAUAAACUAUUUAACGUGCCCUAUGACUGCGGUAUCCUCCUCUCUCGACAUCUCGAUAUCGGCACAGCAGUAUUCCAAAACCCAGGUGCACCCUAUCUGAAUGCAGCCGCUGGUUCUGUUCCCUCGCCUCUGAACAUUGGUAUUGAGAACUCAAGACGCUUUAGAGCUUUGCCCGUCUACGCGAACCUCGUCGCCUAUGGACGUGAAGGCUUUGUCGACAUGCUUGAACGCCAAAUUGCACUCGCUCGAAUCAUUGCAGCUCACAUGAUUGACAGCGAUGAUUAUGAGCUUCUUCCUCUCGUAUCUGGAGGUGCUACGAAAGAAGAGUUGCUACAAAGAGUGUAUAUCAUUGUCUUGUUCAGAGCCAAGCAGGAAGCGCUGAAUAUAGAGUUGGUCAAGAAAAUAAAUGCCUCGAGGAAGAUCUAUGUUUCUGGUACAAAGUGGGGAGGUCAGCCGGCUUGCAGGUUUGCCAUUUCGAACUGGCAGGCAAGUAUUGAUAAAGAUUGGAGUACAGUCAAGGAGGUCCUGGAUAGCGUGGUUAACGAUGCUACAGUCAGUGAAGCAUAG